CGAUUAUAUAACAGAUCACGCGAUUGGCGCACUGCUGUCUGCUAGACGCCGGAGGCUGACGACGCCGUUUGCGACCGUUUUCCCGGGUUUCGCGUGCGCAUUCUUUGUAUUGAUUUAUCGCCGCUCAUCUUAUAUUAUUACUAUUAUCGUCAUUACACGAGGCUUCGGUCAACAGUUAUAAACAUUACUCCGGCGUCAGCCUUAAGUUUUUCAUCUCGUUGUUGACCGUUUAAAUCGUUACGUUUGUGUGCUUGUUGUUGCUUGGUGUUGUAGUCAAAUCGUUUCGUUUGUUAAAGAACGCCUGUACAGUACACGAUUACAGUAUAAUUAAAAUCUAUUGUACGGGACACGGGCGAACGAUUGUACAAUAUACACCGUCGUCGAUAUUAUUAGACGCAGUAAGAGUUGUUUCCCACCAAGCGUUUGAACAUCGUCGACAUGGAUAACAAAUCACUGUUAAAAUUCUUGCGUCAUUAUUUCCAUCACUCCGACUUUAAGAACGAAACGCAGAAGACUGCUAUCACAACAAUAUUGAAAAGAAACUCUGAUGUUUUCGUGUCGUUUCCAAGUGGUUAUGGUAGGUCAAUUUCCUACCUACUACCCUCUCUAAUUUAUUGGAAUAAAAUGGCUAUAGUGAUUAUUCCUCUCCUUUCAAGGAUUACACAACAAAUUAACAACUUAAGGCGUUUUCAUAUUAAUGCUGAAGUUGUUUCUUCGUUAACAACUCCUGCUGAAAAACUACGUAUUUAUGGUGAUUUACAAUCCGGAACAGUUGCACAUAUUAAUUUCUUAUACGUGACUCCUGAUCAAGUUUCUACAUUGGAAUUUAAACUAUUAGUGUCUAACUUGAUGAAAAAUAAGAAACUAUCAUAUAUUAUAGUCGAUGAAGCACAUUGUGAAAACCAAUGGAUUUAUGGUCAAAAAAAUACUGAGUAUCAUCCACUUGGCAGACUUAAAAAAGAUUGCAAGGACAUUCCAUGGAUUGUGGCUACAGCUACAGCUGGUGUUGACGUUAUUGAUUUCUUGAGAAGGGUUUUAUAUAUUAGAGAUGAUCCUACAUGUUUUAUAAAGUUUUCGAUACCCGUCUUUAGACCAAAUAUAUAUUAUGAUGUAAUUCAGGAUGAUAUCUUUGGAAUUUCAAUUCCUCAUUUAACAAAAUACCUUGAGGAAUAUUUAAAUGGAGAUAAUAUAUAUCGUGGUGCUCCAAGUGCAGGUCGACCCUCAGGAUUAAUAUUCUGUAAGACAAGACAAGUUACUGAACAAUUAGCCAAAGAUCUCAAAGAAAAUGGUAUUUCGAUUGCUGCUUAUCAUUCUGGACUUGAGCAAACUGAACGUAAUGCUGUUAGAAACUCUUUUAUGAAGGGGUUUUAUCAAGUUCUUACUGUAACUAGUCUUUCUGGAAUGGAAAUUAAUAAACCAAGUAUAAGAGUGGUUGUACAUUGGGGCUUGCCGUCUAGUAUUUCGGCUUAUUAUAAUGAAACAGGUCAAGCUGGAAAAGAUGGUCACCCUGCACGAUGUAGAAUUUUCUUAACAAAGAAAUCAACAGCAUUUUAUAAUGAAAUAAAUGAAGGUGUGUUGGUUACCGAAAUGAAUUCAGUCUAUACUAUGGAUACAAUACAAAAAACAGCAAAACGUUUCCUUGUGUUUCUUCAUUCUCGUUAUAUGAAAGAUUAUUGUGAAGGUUUAAAGUGUAGACACAAAUUUAUUUCUGAAUAUUUUGGAGAUGUAAAAAUGGAAUGCAUUGAUAAAUGUGACAUUUGUUCUGCAAUGUCUAAUGACUUCUAUGGAGGACGUUCUUCUAUUAGACUGGAAUUACUACAAAUGGGUAUGUCUGCUUACAUCAAAAAUAUUUGUUCAAAAUAUCAAGAAUUGGAAAAGAAUAAUUUGCUGACAGCUACAGAUGCAUUAAAUAUAAUAAAGGUUUGUGAUCAAUUGGUGAAAGCUAAUAAAGCCUGCCAACCAGAAGCUACAGUUAAAACUCUUAAAGAUCAUAAAGAACCGAAGGAAGUAAAGAAUGUGGAUGUUGAACCACUGCCUUCAUCUUCAUUGGUUGAGAAUGAUGACAAAAAAGAUGAGGACUCAUUGCCUUCAUCAUAAUUAUAAUAUGUAAUUUAUAAAUUAAUUAUAAACUUUCAUUCACUAUUUAUUUAAA